GGGGUGUGAGGGAGAACCAGCGAGGCUCAGCCAGAGGUCACUUGUCUUCUCGCCUUGUCUCUUGCCUUGUGAGCUGCGUUAGUGUCUCGUUGGUUAAAGCCAUCGAUCUCCUCGUGAUCCCAGCAACGAGCCCAAGAGGCCCUGACUGACUGACUCGCCCACACACUCGCUCUCUCUCUCGCUCACUCUACCGAGCCAGGGUUUGGACCUGAAGUCAACCCCCAGGAUGGAGCUGAACGAGUCCUACAGUAACCUGACCUGCCACCCCGCGGUUAUCGAGUACCGCUACUUUGGGGCCCUGCUGGGCAUCUUGGUGACGGCCGUGGGCACCGUGGGCAACAUCAUGACCCUCUUGGCCUUCGCCACGGACAAGAAGAUAAGGACCAGGUUCAACCUCCUGAUCCUCAACCUGACCCUGGCCGACCUGUGCUACUGCACCUUCCUCCAACCCGUCACCGUGGACACCUUCAUCCACUUCACCUGGAGGCAGGGGGACCUCAUGUGCAGGGUCUUUGGGCUCUUCCUCUUCGUGGCAAACUCCGUCUCCAUCUUCAACCUGGUCCUCAUCGCCAUGAGCAGAUACAUCCUCAUCUCCGACCCCAAGCGCUUUGACCGGGUCUACUCCAGAUACACCAUGCCCCUCUUCAUGUUGGGGCCAUGGGCUCUGGGCUUCUCCCUGUUUGGGCCUCUUUGGAACAUCUAUGUCUUCCUGCCCCCGGUCUGCACCUGUAGCUUCCACCGGAGCAGGGGGAGACCCUAUACCUCCAUCCUCAUGUUCCUCAUGUUCGGUCUCGGGCUGAGCUCCAUUGGGAUCUUCUACUUCCUGAUCAACAGGAAGGUCAAGGCUGCCUCCAAGGCCUUGGAGGAAUACAGAAUCAAGAGCCAGACUCAACCCAACAAGAACAAGCGAAGGAAAUCGCAGAUUGUGACGGUGAUGGCUGAGCUCUCUCAGACCGACAGUGGGGUGGACUCAGCUGUCUCCCAAAGCGCCAGCGAGUCGCAGAACACUCAGGAGUUCAACACAGAUGACGAGACCGGCUACGGACCUCAGGCUCCGGAGUCCAAAGGCUCGGACAAGGUCAACGCUUACCAGAGCAGGAAGAACCACAACAAUGAGUUCAAACGAGUCACCAGGAUGUGCUUUGCCAUGUUUGUGGUCUAUGUGACCUGCUACCUCCCCUUCUGCCUGAUGCACAUCGCCGACCGCAGGGAGAGAGCCCCCAUCUUGGCCCACAUGAUCGCUGGUAACUUCACUUGGUUGAACAGCUGCAUCAACCCCAUCCUGUACGUGGUGAUGAACAGGCAGUUCAGGGAGGCCUACAAGGGGGUCCUCACCAAAGCCGCCAACGGGUUCCGGAGAUUGUUGGGCCUGAGGAGGGAUUAGGGGGAGGGGGGAGUGUGGGGGUCACCCCCCAAAACACACUGUAACUAACGUCUGAAAUUCCAUCUCCUCUUAGACUUGUAAAACUAUUGCUACCUCUUUGAACGCUCCUUUCCUCCCCCCCACUCUCCCCUACCCCCCCAU